GGGGCCGUGAGGGGCUGCGGGCGGCGGCCGGAGCGGAGUGUCGGGGCUCGGUGCGGGCGGCGGGGCCGCGCCUCAGGCUGCUCUGGAGCUGCGGAAGAGCCAAACCAGUGACUUUGAGAGGUUGCAGUGGCAGUGAGUUGUGUGAUUCCUUCGGAGGAGGAGGAGAGCCAUGGAAGUGGAAAAGAGGAGCAAAAGGAGCUGCUGCACUCAGACCUCCUUCGUGGCUGCAGAUUUAGGGGAAGACUCGCAGCUGGAGUAUCUCAGUGCUUACGAGGAUUAUGAGGAGGAUAAGAAAAACUCAAAUGAGUUUUCAGAGCAGGAGGAGGUUGGAGAGGUGAAGGCCAUGCCACUGGCUGGUGACAAGGUGCCACCCCGGAUGGCAGUGGGGGAAGAAGAUUCUGGAAAGAGCGAAAGACCUGCCCAGAGCGUGGCAGUGGAGCCAGCCACUGCUCUCCUGCCGCCCAGGGAAGAGGCCCAGCUCUGCAAACGCACAGAGCCCUCCUGCUUCAGCAGCUGUGAGCAACCUGUGGUGUGCACUCGUGGUACCAGCAGUGCUGCAGAGGAGGCUGAAACCCAGCUCCCAGUCCCUGAAACCCUCCUGAGCAAGAAUCCUGUUGCUGGCAUGGAAGCUGCAGAUAAAUCCUCUGGUGAGAGCCCCAGGGCUGUGAAGCUGGAGCGUGGUGAAGCCCUGAGGAGCGUUCCUGGUGUCGCUGCUGGCUCUGGUUCCAGAGCUGCCUUCCCAAUGAGCAGAAGCAGCAGUGCCCAGGCCUGUUCCUUCUCCAGGGCAGUGAACACAGAGGUGACCAUGAUCAGCAAAACUCGACUCGUGGGGCGGCUGGCUGAAACCUCUGUGGAUGCUGCUUCCAGCACGGAAUGGUCCGUCAGAGCUCACAGCUCACACGUGCAGCAGGAAUCCAAAGAUGAUCUCUCUGUCUGUGAGUGGAAGUCAGGCACUGACAGGCCAGAACAUGCCAACAAGCAAACUGGGAAGAGUUCAGCAUCAAGCUGCUUUCAGGAUGUCCUGCAGAGAGCAACUGAAGCAGAGCUGCAGCUCCUGGCCAUCCAUUACGAGAUGUGCUACCAGCACUGCUCGAAGGUUUAUAAGCUGGCUUUGGAGGAAAGCACCUUUUUUGGGAGAUGUGAAGAUAAGGCUGAGUUACGUUCAUCUUUCCUGUUGGUUUUGGAUGUGCUGGACAAUAAUUACAGCAGUAUGAGAAGGAAAAUAAGCAUGGGCAUACCUUUAAACGAACUUCCACCACUGUCAGUUGAGCUGAAGUUUUCCCCACUCUCUUCUUUUUACGUCCCCUCCAAGUUUUUCAGAAAGAGUCUCUACUCUGAGCAGGUACAUGAUAGAAUAUGUUCAGGAACCCCAUCCAGUGACUUGCUUGAUCUUUCAGGUGAAGGGAAAGCUGACUUUGAAGACUCAAAACAGCAAGAAAAGGGGAUUUCUGUCAAUAUGGACAACUCACAGACUGAUGGUGAUCAGCCAGGUGAUUCUGCUUCCUCUGAGACACAGGAAGAACAACCUAAAGUUGAGGCUCUGGAACGUGGCUGUGUAAAAAAUGAGGAAGGAAGUGAGUAUUGGUUUGAUGCUAAGGAAGAUUUGUCAGUGGCAGAUAUUUCAGUAGUGUGCAAAGAAAUGAAAAAGCAACAAGGAAAACAAGAUUUGACUGACUCAAGAGAAGUGAAGACGGUGGGGAGUGGGAAUGAAGAUUCUUCUGUUCCUGUUGGUGGUCCAAAACCCUCAGUGCCUGAGGAUCCUAGGGAAAAUUCCCUGCAGAAAACAUCCACUUGUUCCUCUGUGAACACAUCUGGUAUCUUUGUUUCUCCUUAUGCACUGAACUUGAGCAGCUUUACCAAGUUAAUAAAGAGACUCCAAAAAAAGCAUCCAGGCUUUAGCAGAGAGCAAAUUGCAGAUGCUGUGCAGGAGGUGAGAAGAAUCAACAAGGGUGUCCUGAGUGGCAUGGCCAUCAGUUCUAUUGAGGAGAAGGCCUCUGACAUUCUGAGUUCUCAGCAGCAGAAGCACGGAGAAAUCCCCUCGCUGGAGGUGGAAGCGGGGUUGCGGAAAGCGCGUGAGGAAGGCGGGCUGCUCCGUGCUUUCAUUCGGAACUGUUCGCUCCCUUCGGAGGUCCCUGGGCUGCGAGGGGCAGAGGGCGAUAAGGAGAGCCCGGGCUCCAUCUCCAUCUCCAUCUCCAUCCCGCUGCCCCCACGGGAGCGCUGCCCCUCCUGCGGCCGCGCUGCCGCCGGGAGAGCGGAGCAGGAGCCGGGCGGGGCCGCGCCCGCCCCCGGCCCGCCCCUCCCUCCCUCCGGCAGCGCCGCGGGCGCGGAGCCCGCCCGGCCCCGGGAGCGGAGCCGCUCCUGCCGCGGGGCCAUGGCCCUCCUGCCGCGGCGCUUCCUCUGCUUCGUGCUGGCCCAGCACUUCAUCGCGGCCACGGCGUGCCAGGAGGCCGACUACGGCUGGAUGAUCCGGCACUACUGCCUCAAGGACUUCCAGGACAGCAUGGAGGGCAUUGGCCAGCGCCUCUGGUGUGACUGGGGCGAGACCAUGGGCACCUACGGGGAGCUCACCAACUGCACGGCGCUGAUCGCCGAGAAGCUCGACUGCUACUGGCCCAACCGGCUGGUGGACGAGUUCUUCGUGGCCGUGCACAGGCAAUACUUCAGGAACUGCUCGCCGUCGGGCCGGGCGCUGCACGACCCGCCGAACGGAGUGCUGUGCCCCUUCAUCGUGCUGCCCGUGCUGGUCACGCUGCUGAUGACGGCGCUCGUGGUGUGGCGGAGCAAACGCAGCGAGGGCAUCGUGUAGGGGCGGCGCGGCCGGCAGGGGAGGGGCGGGCGGGACUCCCCUGAGCUCGGGAAGAGCCGCAGCACGGAGGGUGGGAGGGUGGGAGCCCCGGGCAGGGCCGGCCCCGCCGCCGCCGCUCCUCCGGCCGAGUGCCCGCCGGUUCCCGGCCCGGCGGCGCUGAAGCGGAGCUGGCUGCGGAGCGCCGCUCACCCCGCGCCCGCCCGGCUCGCCGAGCAGGGAAUUUCAAAGGGAAAAAAAAAAACAGGGCCGUGUGGGGAGCUGAAAUCCUGCCAGCCCCGUGAGACCAGCGGGUCUGGGUGUGCCUGAACAUCCGCGGCUUCCUCUUUGUCCUGUGGGUUCCCGCACGCGUGAAAAGGCAUCUCUUCCCCAGCCCCCGCCACAAGGACCGCGUUUUGCCUGGGAGGUGGGGAACGACGGGGAAGGGGUGGCACCGCUGGUGCCCUGGGGCUACUAACAAGGAAUGGGAAUAAGGUGCUUUUCCUACCUAAAUAAAUAAACACGAAUAAACCAGGUGAAGCCUC